UACUCACAGGAACAGCAGUGAUUGCACAUUUUGAGAGGAGAAGACUGGCUCAGUGAUUCAUCUGACGACUUUCUUCAAGAAGUGACUGUAGAAAAAGAUUAUAUUCAAGAUGCCUGAGAACGCUGGACAUGUUAUGGAGGAGGAAGUGGAGACCUUUGCCUUCCAGGCUGAGAUCGCUCAGCUUAUGUCCCUCAUUAUCAACACCUUCUACUCAAACAAGGAGAUCUUCCUUAGAGAGCUCAUCUCCAACUCCUCAGAUGCCUUGGACAAAAUCAGAUAUGAAAGCCUGACAGAUCCUAGCAGACUUGAGUCCUGCAAAGAUCUGAAGAUCGAAGUCAGGCCAGACGAGCUAACUCGCACCCUGACCCUUGUCGACACAGGUAUCGGCAUGACCAAGGCCGACCUGAUCAACAAUCUGGGCACAAUCGCAAAGUCUGGCACCAAGGCUUUCAUGGAGGCUCUGCAGGCUGGAGCUGACAUCUCUAUGAUCGGUCAGUUUGGUGUUGGUUUCUACUCAGCUUACCUGGUGGCUGAGAGGGUGACAGUCAUUACUAAGCACAAUGAUGACGAGCAGUAUGUGUGGGAGUCUGCAGCUGGAGGCUCAUUCACAGUUAAAGUAGACACUGGAGAGUCUAUUGGCAGAGGCACAAGGGUGAUCCUUCACCUCAAAGAAGAUCAGACGGAGUACUGUGAGGAGAAGCGCAUCAAGGAAGUUGUGAAGAAGCACUCACAGUUCAUUGGCUACCCUAUUACACUUUAUGUGGAGAAAACAAGGGAGAAGGAAGUGGACCUGGAAGAGGGGGAGAAGGAAGAUGAGGUUGAGAAAGAUGCUGCUGAGAACAAGGACAAACCCAAGAUUGAGGAUGUUGGCUCUGAUGAGGAUGAAGAUUCAAAGGAUGGCAAGAACAAGAGGAAGAAGAAGGUCAAGGAGAAGUACAUUGAUGCCCAGGAGCUGAACAAGACCAAGCCAAUCUGGACCCGUAACCCCGAUGACAUCACGAACGAGGAGUAUGGAGAAUUCUACAAGAGCCUCACCAACGACUGGGAGGACCAUCUGGCUGUCAAGCAUUUCUCCGUGGAGGGUCAGCUGGAGUUCCGUGCCUUGAUCUUUAUACCCAGAAGAGCUGCAUUUGACCUCUUUGAAAACAAGAAAAAGAGAAACAACAUCAAGCUGUACGUGCGCAGAGUUUUCAUCAUGGACAACUGCGAGGAUCUCAUCCCAGAGUACCUCAAUUUCAUCAGGGGUGUGGUGGACUCUGAGGAUCUGCCCCUGAACAUCUCCAGAGAGAUGCUGCAGCAGAGCAAGAUCCUGAAGGUGAUCCGCAAGAACCUGGUCAAGAAGUGUCUGGAUCUCUUCACUGAGCUCUCUGAGGACAAGGACAACUACAAGAAGUGCUACGAGCAGUUCUCCAAGAACAUCAAACUCGGCAUCCAUGAAGACUCUCAGAACAGGAAGAAGCUGUCUGAGCUGCUGCGAUACUACACCUCAGCCUCUGGAGAUGACAUGAUUUCCCUAAAGGAAUAUGUUUCACGCAUGAAGGAGAACCAGAAUCACAUCUAUUACAUCACAGGUGAGACCAAAGACCAGGUUGCUAACUCUGCCUUCGUUGAGCGUCUUCGCAAAGCCGGCCUUGAGGUCAUUUACAUGAUCGAGCCCAUCGAUGAGUACUGCGUCCAGCAGCUGAAGGAGUAUGAUGGCAAGAACCUGGUUUCAGUGACCAAGGAAGGCCUGGAGCUGCCUGAGGAUGAAGACGAGAAGAAGAAGCAGGAGGAGCUCAAAACUAAAUUUGAAAACCUUUGCAAGAUCAUGAAGGACAUCCUCGACAAGAAGAUUGAAAAGGUUGUAGUUUCCAACCGCUUGGUGUCUUCCCCAUGCUGCAUCGUCACAAGCACCUACGGCUGGACAGCUAAUAUGGAGAGGAUCAUGAAGUCUCAGGCCCUCAGAGAUAACUCCACCAUGGGCUACAUGACGGCUAAGAAGCACCUUGAGAUUAACCCGAUGCAUCCCAUUGUUGAGACCCUGAGGGAGAAGGCAGAAGCUGACAAAAACGACAAGGCUGUUAAGGACUUGGUCAUCCUCCUUUUCGAGACAGCGCUGUUGUCUUCAGGAUUCACACUGGAGGACCCACAGACACACGCCAAUCGCAUCUACAGAAUGAUCAAGCUGGGUCUUGGCAUUGACGAUGAUGACUCUGUAAUUGAGGACCUCAUACAGCCUGCAGAAGAAGAUAUGCCAGUCUUGGAAGGAGAUGAUGACACAUCAAGAAUGGAGGAAGUUGACUGAGCUAGUACACACUUGUUUUUGAGUAUUUGUAUUGUUUUUGUUAAUUACCUCACUACUUAAAAAAAAAACGUUUUAUUCUAACACGAGUCUAAAUUCUUCGCAGUAUUAGUCAAUAAAGUUAAUGAGUGGAAUUAAACCACAGUGUGGCUUACUCUACACAUUGCAUUAUCUGCUUAUAUAAAACUACUUCCAACCAUUAAGAGCAAUAUAAAGUCACGUUGGAUAUGGCUCGUGUCUCUUUUUGUUAUCAUUUUUUAUGAAAUGCAUUCAAAUUUAUAAUAAAAUGUAUUUAGAAAUAAG